CUCCUGCGUCUAAGAGCUGGAAGAACCGUUGGGGUGACCAAGACUCGACGGCCAAGAGCGUGACGGACGACCACCGCCGCUCCACCCAGUUUUCGCGAGGGCGCGGUGUCGGAGAUAAAGGGCGAGGGCAAGCCGUGGGGAACCAGCCUACCAGGUCUUCGCCGGCGAGCCGCCAUCGCCGGAGCAGGAGUCGGAGCGCAGGACGUCAACAGCGCACCAAUACUUCGUCUAGGCGAGGGCGCAGUCGGAGCGGAGACCGUCGUGGGAGAAACACGCCUUCGUCUAGGCGUAGCCGCAGCCGGAGCCAGAACCGGAGCGGGGGCAACAGCAGGGCGACCAGCACUGACAGCAGUCGCGGCGGAAAAGGGGGACGGAGGUCAGGCCAUGGUAGAAAACCAUCUGCGCAAGGAACCGGCAGGGCCCUCGACGUACGCCUUCUUCAUCCAGAAAUUGGCGGCUGCCUGGGACACUCAAGACAAGAGCUCGGGGAUUGAUCGUCUUCGCAGUUUUGGCGUAUCCAACGGCGAGACUUACGGAGAAUACAUUCGUCGCUAUAAGGCUCUGGCCAUGACCGUCAUGGUUUCCCACCACAUGUUCAAGCCUUCGGAUGCGCAAGUGCAGAUAGCUGUUCGAGACUUCAUGUUGAAGCAGUUUCCGGUAGUGUCUGGGCAGGUGUACAAGGAUGAGCAGCUCUCCAUGGAAGCCCCUUUUGGGCGACAUGCUUCGUGUCAGGAUGAUAUGUGGGAUGUGUGGGACUGCGUUCGCGCACACGCCGGCGGUGCAUGAAGAUGAUUUCUUUUCGGUAUCUUCCACAAAUGCUAGGAGUUCGUCUGUUGUUUCGCGUGUUGUAGCUUCUUCGGCGUUGCGUUCGACGGUGACCCCUUCGUGGAGCCAAGGUUCUUCGGCCGCCGUGAUGAGUGGUGACCCUCUACCUAAUGAU